AUGGGGCCUCCUUCUGCACACCGAGCUGACAGCAGUAUGGUUGUUCGGCUUGACGGAGGAGACACUGCUGUUGAGUUUCAAGCCUUUCACAGAGCCAUGGAGCCCACAGGAGGGCCUUAUCUUGUGGGGAAGAAGGAUGAACUGAUUGAAGCAAAGCGCUCUUUCAGAACACUAGAGGGGCGGGACAUAUUGAUCAUCUACCACCAGAACGACUUCUAUGCUAUCGACUCUUACUGCUAUCACGCUGGGGCAACACUGCAAAAUGGAGACAUUGAGGAAUUUGACGGCAAGAUGUGCAUAGUUUGUCCGAACCACAAGUACAAGAUCUGUCUGGCCCAAGGGGAGGGCAUUUACAAGACCAGAGACCCCAAGGAAAAGCCGUCUGUGCUCAGAUGGUUCUCCAAGGGUGUGAAGCAGCGGACUCACACGGUCACUGAGAACAAUGGGGAUGUCUAUGUCAAGCUUUCUGAGCAAAGAGGCUUCAUCGAGUCAGACUUCUACCAGGGAGAGAAGGGCAAGGUGGAAAGGGAAAAAGCUGCGGCUGCUGAGAAGAAGAAAACUAAAUAGUGUAAAAGACGGAAGUCAAUGAUUCCUCUAAAUUAUUGUAUGAUGAAUCUACUUGGUGUCAGAUAUUUAAUGACGGAUACAGUAGUUUUACUUGGGUCUUGUUUAUCUUGAUCAUAGUGUUUACAUUUGUAUUUGUGGCUUACAUUAUAUUUAAAUGUUGUACUUAAAAAUAACGUCCCAUCUUUUAAGGUGGAGAGUGUCAACUUAUUUCACAGAAUAAACUUUUUUUCACGAGUGA